UGAGAGUCCGAGCUGUGUGUGUGUGUUUAUGUAAGGCGACACAGAAUGAUUUUGGUGUGAAUUCGAAUGUGCGAGCAUGCAUGUGAGGGAGUAAGUCACAUACUUGUUCCUCCUCUUGCCCCUUGUUUACUAGUUUUGUGAUUCAUGGCGUUUUCCCUGAACGAACUCCAUGAUCUUACUGCAGCUGGUUCUCUGGUAACACUAGUCAAGUGACUGCAAUGGAGCUGAUUCUGUGGGACUUAAAUGUUAGCUAUUUUCUGAUGACAGGGUGCGGUGUCCAGUGCAGAUAAAGUAAAGUGGAGAGAGGAAGAUGCCAGCCCCACCUCCCCCACCACCUCCUGGGCCUCCCCCUCCUCCCACCUUUAAUGUUGCCAACACAGAGAAGCCAAAUCUGAACCGCUCACAGCAGCAGGGCAGGAACGCUCUGUUGUCCGACAUCAAUAAAGGCGCCAGGCUAAAGAAAACCGUUACCAAUGACCGCAGUGGACCCAUAUUGGACAAACCUAAAGGAGGUGGAGGUGGAGGAGGAGGAGGAGGAGGUGGCGGAGGAGGAGGAGGAGGUGGCGGCGGCGGAGGUGGAGGUGGAGGAGGAGGAGGAGGUUUUGGUGGCGGGUCUCCUGCUGGUUUAGGAGGCCUGUUUGCAGGAGGGAUGCCAAAACUGAGGUCUGCAACAAACAGAGAAACCACAGACUCGGGACCCAGCCGAGGACCUGUGUUCCCCCCAGGAGGCCGCUCUAGUGGCCCCACCCCCUUCGGCGGAGGCGGUGGCUCCGCUGGCCCACCGAAGCUCCGAGGAGCCCUGGGUGGUGGCCGUGGCAACGUCUCUGCUAUGUCCCCCCCGGGCCGCCCAAAUUUCUCCAGACAAGACACUCCGGGAGGCCCCCCUCCUCCCGUACCCAACACACCUCGACCGGGCCAGUCCUUCCAGUCUCGUGGGGGCCCACCUCCGCCGUCACUCCCUGGAGGACCCAGACCCAGCCCGGCUUCUGGUCCUCCGCCUCCCAGUGUUCCAUCAGGGAGACACGGAGCUCUCCCUCCCCCACCAGGAGGCUCCUCACCCGGGCCAAGACCAGGAUUCUCCGCACCUCCUCCUCCACCCUCAAACAGCAGCCGCCCUCCCUUGCCGCCAGCUCCCGGAGGUAGACCCCCGCUUCCCGACGACCGACCCCCACCACCGCCAACUCCUCUGGGAGGUCAUCGGCCAUCUAUGCCCCGCGACAUGCCCCCUCCUCCGCCCUCCGUCAACUCCAAACCAUCUCCCUCUGUCUCUUCCUCCUCGUCCCCUCGAUCCGCAGCUGUCGGGGGGGGGCCUCCUCUCCCGCCGGGGCGACCGGGCCCUCCACCUGUCCCGCCCACCCCAGCUGGAGGGGAUGACCACAGCACACCUCGUCUACCCCAAAGGAACAGCUCACUCAACAGCCAUGGUCCAGCUCCGCCUCACGGCCGGGCGGGACCUCUGCCUCCUCCACCGAACGAGAGGCCGCCAUCUCUUGGGAGGAACCAGUCCUCAGCACGCACAGGACCUCUUCCUCCCCCUCCUCCCUCGGGUCGUCCCGUGGGUGGGGGCAGUGUGAGGUCAUCGGCAGCUCCUUCUCCUAUCGGUCGGCCAGGCCCCGAUCCCCCUCGUGGUGGACCCGGGGGUAGACCUCCCCUCCCUCCAGACAGGCCAGGGACAGGGGGAGCCCCGCCUCCUCCACCACCCAUGGGUAACGGCUUCCAAAACUCUCACCACAACCCGACACAGGACGAGUGGGAGUCUCGCUUCACUUUCCAUCCAGUGUCAGACCUUCCUCCUCCGGAGCCCUACAUGCCCUUCCAGAAGACCUACCCCAGCAUAAUUGCAAAGAGUGAUGGCAGAGGUUCUGGUAAAAAGGAGAGAGGAGCUCCUCCUCUUCCUCCGAUCCCCAGGUGAAGAAGAGGUGGCAGCCAUCACAGCACCUGAAAACUACCCUCCCUGUUUCCCUCCUUUUCUCUCUUCCUGUGUUGCGCUCAUUGUGCUUUGAACUGCGGCGGCGUUUGAUUUGUGUGUGUGGACUGCAACAUGUAAGAAAAAAAAAGAAAAGAAAAAAAACUGAUCUGACGUACGUUUGACCAAGUAAAAGGACAGACUCACGAUGUGGAGUUUACAUCACGUGCCUCUGUAGCAGCAGAAUGGCAAUAUUCAGAGACCAAAGCCUGUUCCUCCUGCGGUACACUGUGCUCAGAUAAAAAGAAAAUCAGAUUUGUACCUGUUUAGGUACUAGGAGGAAAUGUGGGUUUCUUUCAGGUUUACAACCACGCUGUGGAGGAAGAUGCAUUUUUGACUUUGUCAAUCUGGUCGCUGUGAAUUCUGAGUUGCUCAUAAACAAAAGUAUUUUCAUGAAACUUGAUCAACGUUGACUCUGUUCUCUUAAAUAACUCUUUCAUCGUUUGCUUCCGGUGGACGAUCGAUUCCAUACAUUUGCUUUUAGAAAAGAAUUCAGACUCUUUCCUGACAAAUGAAGUCGAGAGGCAGCACAUGUGACUUUUCCCGGCCUGUUUACAAAGCCCAGCGUUAGGUGACGCUAAAUCAACAUGUUAUGGCAAUAUUAUUGUCAACAUUGGAGUCCCAGGGUUAUCAUUCAGCAACAGUGCAGGGCUUAUAAUGCAACCGGUUGCCUUCCUUCAGUGUGUCGAUAAGCUGUUUCCCUCUUAUGUUUUUUUUUUGUUUGUUUUUUUGUUUAGUUUUUUUGUACCAGUGUUUCCCUUGUGCCUUUUUCUAUUCAGGAUUGUACUUUCAGGCUGCUUGAGAAGAGUUAAGGGAAUUCGCCUUUUGUGCCUUAAAUUAUGUAUAUAUGUUUGUUCAGCUGGGUUGGAUGAUGUAACCGAUCUAAAUGUAAAAAAAAAAACGGAAGCAAUACAGCUGCUGGAUUGCCACAUCAUCUAGAAUAUUUAGCAUAGCAAAGUGUCUUGAUUACAGCGUCAACACACAGACAUUGAACCAAACAAAAAAUAAAAAUAAAAAAUGGCCUCCUGCCUGCGCUGCAUAAAAGAUGAGGGGAAACGCGGGUGUUUAAUUUGCCAAAGCCACAUGUGCCUUCAUGGUAUGUGUAUUUACAUCUGUGUGUUUCUGUUGGAAACACUGAACGGUACUUUUCAUUUGAUUGUAACAUGUGACGUGCGUUUAAUGCUGAUGAUUGAGAUGUUUUAAAGGACAUUGCAUGGGUUUCACGGCAGCAUUGGUUUACAAUUGAUCUGAUUAUUAUAUUUGCUGUUUCGUUAAAAGCUGCGCUGACUUAUCAUGAAGGACCUGUGUAUGUACCUGUAUGAUUUAAUCAAGUGGUAUUGAAGGACUGUAUUAUUUUAAGUUAUGACUAUUUUAAGAACUGUGCAGUAUUAUGUUUUUGCUUCACCCAGCACUGCUUUGAAUGGUCUUUUGUAUACAUGAUGCAUUAUUAUCAUGUGUUGGUCAAAGAGACAUUUUCUUUAAGACAAUCAUACAGAAGCAAAUCUAUUUACGUCAAUAAAUAAAAUGCUUUAAGAUGCUUUACGUGCUCCGCCUCGGGGGAGAUGUGCUUUUGUUGGAGAACACAUUGUAAGAAAUUUGAUAUUGCUGCACAAAGGACGAUCAUUGGACUCCAAACAAGGACAGUGAAUUGCAGUGUCAACAUCCAGACGAAGAACCUGGUUUUGUGCCAGAUACACAAUAUGCAUCAUUUACACGUUUGUGCAAUAAAAUUGGGCAAUAAUUUGUGUCACAAUAUAUAA